AUGCUCUGCAGUACUCGCGUCUUGCUGGCCUCCACAGCCAAGGGGUACAUGAAUCGUGUCAUGGUGUACGCCCAUCGUCGCCGAAAGGCCCGCUACCUGGCUCCCAAAAAUGCACAUGUCCGCUCGCCACUGGCGAAUAAGAUGCCCGAGGAGUACGGAAACACCUGGGACCCCCGCAGCGGCGUCGAGUGGCACAAUCGCAUGCGCAACCGAAACCAUUAUCGGCACUGGCCCUGGGCUCGCUGGACCGACGACCCAGUUCGCUUUCACCAGGAUAGCGUUUCUCGCCGCACUGUGUCGGCCUCCAGCACUGUGGCGAACACUGGCACACCGGAGUGGAAUUACUAUGCGGAGGUCGGUCAGGCGUAUGAGACGCCGUCGCACUUUCCGCUCUCCUAUACAGCGCCGUUUAUUUACCAAUACACGGCACAGUGCUGGUCGCGCGAGGACCUGCAGCUGUACCUUGAGCGUAUUGAACAGAACUCUGGCCUCCGUACUAUUGCCGACGUAGUAUCCAUGAAAGAGGCACUGUACACGUGGUGGCAUAGCGCCGCCAUGGACACCGUCCCGCUGGGGGUGCUGCAGCACCUGGAGCUGGUCUCGUGCGACAUUGUUGCCCAGAACACGCGCAAGUCCUACCGCAUCGAGCAGCACGAACGUGGCAUCCUGCGCACGCGUGAAAUGGAGCGGUACUACGCUUUGCCGUACCUGAGUGGCCCCGCUAUGCCAGUGCAGCUCACGCAGCCAUCUGGCGAGUAUCCCAAUGGCAAGUACACACUAAUGAUGGACGGUGUGGAGAUCCAUCCGCUGCAGAGGCCGGAUGCGCGAUACACGCACAACAUGUACCCCGCAUGA